AUAUAAUCAAAACAAUCCAAGUCAUAUGAAAAAUUUGUUGAUGAGUCAUGAUGGUUUAGGGUUUAGGGUUUAGAAUUUGUUGAAUUUGAAGCAAGAAACGGCAACACCAGAAUCGCAAGCAGGAAGAGAAAGAAUAAAAGAAAAAUGGAGAAGAGAGAAGAUUGGAGAUCAAUUCUACCAUAUUUACCGGUGGUGAUGCGUUCUUCCUCUCUAUUUUGGCCGUCCCAAGUGGUGGGAGCUCUCAGAGAGCUCGGAUGUGGCCGAGUUGACUCGGGACAGCUCUUAUUCAUCUUCAUUACUGAACUCAGGAACUCUCUUUCUCUCUCUUCAGAACCUUUAGCCCCUUCCGCUGCACAUGGAUAUGCCCUCUUCUUCGACGAGCUGAUAUCAAGAGAGGAAUGUAGGAAGUGGUUUGAGGAGGUGCUUCCAUCAUUGGGAGAUUUGCUUUUGAGGUUGCCAUCUUUGUUGGAAGCACACUAUGAAAAUGCCGAUAUGGUUAUUGACGGAAAGGGAGCCACGGUCAGAACUGGUCUUCGUAUGCUGGAUUCACAGGAAGCUGGAAUAGUGUUCCUUACCCAGGAGUUGAUUGCUGCUCUUCUUGCAUGCUCAUUUUUAUGUCUAUUCCCAGUCCAUGACAGAUAUGAGAAACAACUUCAACCAGUUAACUUUGAUGAGUUGUUUGCGAGUCUCUAUAAUGAUUACACUCAAAAACAGGAAGAUAAGAUUUGGUGCAUCAUUCACUAUUUUCAAAGGAUAACCUCUAAUAUGCCCAAGGGUGUUGUCUCAUUUGAGCGAAAAGUACUUCCCUGGGAAGAUGAUUGUAUUCACAUAUCUUACCCAAACGCCAGCUUUUGGAGCACUUCUGUAAAACCUCUAUGCAGAUUUGAGGUUAAAAGUUCAGGGCUCAUAGAAGAUCACUCAAGUGAAACUGUCGAAGUGGAUUUUGCAAAUGAAUAUCUUGGCGGUGGUGCUCUUCGUAGGGGUUGUGUACAGGAGGAAAUUCGCUUCAUGAUCAGUCCAGAAUUAAUUGCUGGCAUGAUUUUCUUGCCGUCCAUGGCGGAUAAUGAGGCUAUAGAUAUUGUUGGUGUUGAAAGGUUCUCGAGUUAUACAGGAUAUGCAUCAUCGUUUCGAUUUUCUGGGGAUUAUGUGGACGACAAAGAUGUAGACACCUUCGGAAGACGCAAAACCAGGAUUGUUGCAAUUGAUGCAUUAUGUGGCCCAGGGAUGAGGCAAUACAGGGAAAAAUUUCUCCUCCGUGAGAUCAACAAGGCAUUCUGUGGUUUCUUGCAGCAAUCUCAAUAUCAACGGGAUCAGAAAAUACCACAAGAGAAUUUUGAUGCUAUGGAAACAAGUGAAGGAAAAUAUUCAUAUCAAGAAAUCAGAAAUUCUCAAAAUGAUUACGAUAUGAUGGAGAAUAGUAAUGAUAUUGGGGUUGCGACCGGAAAUUGGGGAUGUGGUGCCUUUGGAGGAGAUCCUGAAGUAAAGACCAUAAUUCAGUGGCUUGCAGCUUCUCAAGCUGGAAGACCUUUCAUUGCAUACUACACAUUUGGCUCGGGAGCAUUGCAGAAUCUAGACAAGGUCUCGUGUUGGAUUUUGUCGCAGGGAUGGACAGUUGGAGACCUAUGGAACAUGCUAGUGGAGUACUCAACAAGUAGAUCAAAAGGAGAAACUAAUGUUGGUUUCCUCCAAUGGCUCCUGCCAUCAAUAUAUGAUCAUGAUUCUGGGAUGUAUUAAUUUGGUUAAUAUGCCUUUGUUCUGGUGUUGUUGUCUGUCUGUCUUCGAAACUUUUCAGUGUUUGUUCUCUUUUAAUUUUUUUGUGUGGAUAUUACAAGGAAAAAUGAACCGCCGUGAAACGAUUGAUGUAGUUUAAACCUGUAUAUACCUUGUAUAGAUCAAUUAUUCUUGCAUAGUUGGACUAUUGACUAUGAAGUAAGAGCAUAGUCUUAAAAACAUGUAAUUUUGUUCUUCUUGUAACAAGCAAAUUGCUAGUGGUGACCCUUGGGAAUUUUUGGUACUA